UCUCUGAUGUACAAAAAGGUGAUAGACAUCCAGUACCGAAACAGUCUGGCCAAUGAACUUAUGAUGUUUCACAUGAAGCAAGUUGCUGUAGAGGAUGUCAGAAAGAUGGCAGAGACAAAGAUACCCCCAGUGACAAUGUUCAGUCUACAUUUUGACACCUUUGACUUCCCCCCGAGAACAAUAGCAGAUUCUCAAACUGUGAUGUCAUGUUUGAGUAUGUUUGAAGACCUUGGCUUCACAAGCAGGUGGAGAAUCAAAAUAGAAACACUGGUCAGGUUUCUGUUGAUGGUGAAGAAAGGCUAUCGCAACCCACCAUACCACAACUGGAUGCAUGCUUUUUCCGUGACUCACUUUUGUUAUCUGCUGAUCAAGAAUCUGCACCUGCACAAUUAUUUAGA